AAGAACAGGAAAAUGUCAAGACAUCACAUUUUCUGCUGAGAUCUUGUGUCGAAUACAGAGUGAGACCUCCAGAAAGCAUAUAAAGAGAGAGAGAAGAGGAAGAGAAUGGACCAACCAGCAGUCAAAGUCUUCCACUACAAAGACAAGGAGCAGUCCUCUAACCUGCUGCUGCAGCUCAACAGACUGAGACAGGAGAAAAUCCUCACAGACGUGUUACUGUGCUCAGACAACACAGAGAUCCCAUGCCACCGUAAUGUCCUGGUCUCCAGCAGCCCUUACUUCAGAGCCAUGUUCUGCAACAACUUCAUCGAGAGACAGAAGACCAAGAUUGACUUAAAGGGCAUCACCUCAACCAUUCUCAGUAGUAUCAUUGACUAUGUUUACACUGGACUCGUUAUUAUCAGCAUGGAUAUCGUGCUGCCUCUGAUGCAGGCGGCAUCCAUGUUGCAAUAUGGCCGCCUUUUUGAGGCCUGCUCGGGUUUCCUUCAGGAGCAGCUGAGCCCAGAAAACUGUUUGAGCAUGAUAAGACUCUCUGAGAUCAUGAAUUGUAACAGUUUGAAAGACAAGGCUAAAGAGAUGGCUAUGAAGAGCUUCUCCGAUGUGUCAGCAUCCGAGGAUCUGUGUGAGCUCUCCUUAACAGAGCUCAUGGGAUACCUUGAGGAUGAUAGUCUUUGUGCAGAGGAGGAGCAGGUCUUUGAGACGCUUGUUGCCUGGAUCCACCAUGAUCCUUUAUCCAGGCGCGGUGCCAUUAGUGACCUUUUCAAGAAAGUCCGCCUUCGGUACAUCCACCCCACCUACCUCUUCCAAUUCAUAGCCAACGACCCUCUGAUCCAGUCCUCCACCCUCUGCACAGAGCUCAUCGAAUCCGUGAGACGCCUCAUGUUUUCUGUCAACACAAAAUGCAUCGGAGACGCAGCAGUGGACUUCAAACCUCUCUGGGUGGCACCAAGGCGCUACACCUACCAUGAUAUGCUGGUGGUGGUGGGUGGCAGGAAGAACAACGAGCAGACCUCGAGGGAGACCCUAGUCUUUGAUGAGAAGAACCAGAAGUGGCAGUGGCUUGCCAAGCUGCCCAUUCGUCUUUACAAGGCUUCUUAUGUUGCCCUUCACAGUGUGCUGUAUGUUAUCGGAGGCCUGACCACAAACACAAAGUACAGCCAAGUCAGUACGACUAUCUACACCCUCUCCCUCAAGACCAACCAGUGGCGAACGGCAGAGCCCAUGCUGAAGCCACGCUUUGCCCACCAGAGUGUCUCCUAUCUCCACUUCAUCUUCGUUCUGGGCGGCCUUGGGCCUGACAGACGAGUGACAGACAGCGUGGAGAGGUACAACAGUAUGUUUAACCAGUGGGAGUCUAUGGCACCCAUGCCUGAGGCUGUGCUGCACCCAGCAGUGGCUGCUACUAACCAGAGGAUCUAUAUGUUUGGAGGAGAAGAUGCCCUGCAGAACCCUGUCAGAAUAAUACAAGUGUAUCACAUUGCCAGGAACAUGUGGUCCAAGAUGGAGAACAGAACGGUGAAGAAUGUGUCUGCUCCAGCUGCCAUUAUGGAUGACAAAAUCUACAUCAUUGGAGGAUACACCAGGAGAAUGAUCGCAUACGACACCAAGGCCAACCGGUUCAUUAAGUGUGCCAACCUGAAGGAGAGGAGGAUGCACCAUUCUGCCACCGUUCUCAAUAACAAACUAUACGUCACAGGUGGACGUUACAUCAACGGCCAUGACACCAUCGAGGACUCAGAUAAUUUCGAGUGCUAUGACCCAAAGACAGACACCUGGACAUCUAAGGGGACUCUGCCGUAUAAAGUGUUUGACCACGGCUCCCUGACUCUGACGUGUGUCUCACAGACGUGGGCAAUAUCUUAGCUGAGGCAGACAAGAUUUAAUGUUGUGAUUUAUUUUUAGUCAGUGUGUUUG